AUGCUGGACAUGAAUCCCACAGCUGGGGACACUAGCAGCUUGUUAUGGUUUUUGGGUAACGACGGAGGUCAAUACCUGCCGCCCCUGAACCCUCACGACAUUAGGACAGACGCAACAAACGAUGAAGACAACCUCACAGUAUCGGACUUCGACCGUCAUCUCUUGCCGGAAGACUAUCACGACGACAUUAUUGAGUCGUUCGAAGUCUCUGCUCCCGAGAGCUCACUCCCUCGUCGAGUUGCCAAGGACCCAAAUGUUGGAUCGCAACGAGUGGAACGGCAACGACAAAGUUUCGGCGAGAAUGCCCAUUUUUGUCGCAUGCCCCGGUGGACGGAAUGUGACAUGCGGCUAUGUCAGCUGAACCUGGAUCUAUGCAAGCAGUUGGACAGACAGAUCCAUCCUUCACUAGAGACGACUACUGGAGCACAGAGAGGCCUGACAGGGACAAAUGGCUGCAGCACUUUUGGAGAUGCGUUUGGAGACGCUCUCAAUAACACUGAAAAAUACCUCGAAAUUCUCCAGGACCUGCUUGGCGGAAGCCCUCCAUCAGCUUCAUCAAGCUCGACCAAGAGCCCAUCCAUAAGAAGCGAGGACGAUGUUCACAUCCCUUCUAACCUCGUAUGCAUUCUCGGCCUCGAGUCCUGUUACUUUCGCAUCGUCAAUCUCUUCAAUCUUCAUCUCGCCAACAUGCACGAACAGUCACGACAAGGCAGUCACGACCCCGACACCCUUUCACUGCCACUAUCCUCUCCCGUUACCCCGAGUAGCCCUCCUGUUCUACCCGGACUACGCCUGGCCGGAUUUCUGGUCCGACAGGCUGGUUUGCAGGCGAAGAUAUUGUAUCAAGUCAUUCAACACCAGUUCGAAAUGAUUGAGAAGUUCUUGGGUUUGCCGGCCGAGCUACGCGUAUCGGGGCGCCGAGACGAAGACGACGACCUUCGUGGGGUCUUGUGCGAAUUCUGGGUAACAACGUCUCUGAUGAAAGAGGGGAGGGCAUACGAUGAACAGAUUCAAGCCAUUCAGGUGCUACGAGAGCGCAUCGUGGAUGCACGAUAG